UCUACACCUGAGCGGGCUGGGAAUCUGCUGAGAGGAGAACAAAGAGUAAACCACCAGGAAGCAAUUGCUUACACCAUGGAUUCUUUCGUGAAAUUCACAAAUCAGAGUCAGGGAAGAGAUCGCAUAUUCAGAGCCACUCAGUAUGCAUGCAUGUUGCUUAGGUAUUUGUUAGAAAAUAAGCCUGGCAAAGAGAAAGAGGUAUUGAAGCUUAAACGAGUGGAAUCUAGCAUGAGUUCUGGGCGUAAAUUAUUCAGGCUUGGCAACAUGGUACAUGCUAUCGAAGCUUCAAGAGCAUCUAUGAAGAUUUCCGAUUCCUUUCGCUGCUACUGUCUGACGGCAGCCAAUGUGAACCGUUUCUUUUAUUUCACUUGUGAUACGAUCCUUUGGGCAAGAAGUGUCGGCUUAGUGUCUGGUAUCAAUAAGGAGAAAUGGCGCACUAGAGCGGCCCAGUGCUAUUAUUAUUCUCUCCUGCUGAACUUGGCGAGGGAUUUAUAUGAAAUAUUACAAUGCAUGGAUAAAGAGUCUAAGGAAAGAAAAUGUUUAGAUAAGGAAGUGGAUUCUGGGAAUGGCCCUAAUCCCCACAUAUCCACCUCGUUAUUGAAAUCGCUUGAAAACUUCUUAGUAAUGUUUUGCCUGAGUUUAAAGGAAAACCCUCCUGUUUUAUUGGACACUGUGAAAAAUGUGUGCGAUCUUUUAAGCCCCCUUGAUCGUUUACAAAUCUACCAAACAAACCAAGGAGUCAUCGGACUGUGUGGUUUGAUGUCUUCCAUCGUGGGCAUUCUUACACUGGCAAAACCCAUUUUAAAAUUAAAACACUAAACUAAGGCAAUGAAAUA